AGUUGCGGACUGUGCACUUCCGUUCAAGAUGGAGGUUUCGAAUUGCCAAGUUGGUGAAUUUGCACACGUAACAUCUGUUUUUCUGGUGGUAAACGAGGUAAACGUGCGCUAGACGGCUUUCGAUUAGCUUUUCUGUAUUCAGAUGUUAUGUGGAGCCAUAAAAGUAAAAAUUGAUCUUGUAGUUAUGCGAUCGUACUCGAAUUGUUCGCGUCUCAACACUCACCAAGGACAUGUGUUGUGCGUAGUAGGCGAAGCAUCAAAAAGUCUCGGCGGAUACCCACGUCAAAAGUGUACUCAAUGUAGCUAAGCAUGUUUUCUCGACUAGCUACAGCGUUGUACAAUGCAGUUGACGCGCUUGCACCUCCACUGCCUCUACAAGAAGAACUUGUGUGGCACUGGUCAGCCGUCACCAAAUUUUACAGCGACCGAAAUUCCAACAGCAAGAAACCCGUGGAAGAAACGACAAUCCCUGGGCACCUCGGCGAGAUCUCCAAGAUAUUGGAACAAGAGGAGUCCGAGUUAGAACGUGAAAGCAUGGGGCCUUGCAUGGAAUAUUUUCUUCAAAACAAGCUUCUGGAACAGAUGAGUGCCUUAGCGAGAGCAGAUACACCACCUGGGAUGAAAAAGUGCAUUCUUGUCUUCGUCACGAGGCUUUUAAACAGCAGUAAACAAAACCUUCUCCCACAAAUGGGAGUGUAUAAUGCUGUGCAGAAGUUGAUAGGGCUAUGUGGUGAAGUCCUUGCAGGACCGUCCGAAAGAGAAGAGGUUCAGUUCUUGAACACAAUUUGUCAGAAGAUCCGUAACGACCCUCAAAUCCUGAACUGCUUUCUACCAGCCUUGCUGAGCCCUGAAGGCAACAACGUCACAAAUGGCAAAGAAAUAUCCCCUCCCACCUCCCCCAGCUACGAGCUGUCUCACCAGUUUCCACUCCUUCAGGGCCUCCUAACGCUCAUGGAAAGCCCAGAUUCUGAAGUGUCCACCCUCGCAGCUGAGUGCCUUAUCAUGUGCACGUCCACUCUCAACGACCAAGUCGCUCAGUUUGCCGUUGAGAAGACCGAAAUGUGCCACAAUGUUGUCCAGCAUCUAGUCAAGCUCUAUAGUGCCAUACCACCUACGCUGAAAGCCGUGGACAUUGAGGAAGCGGUUGCCUCUUGGAGCACAGACCAAUCGGGUCGAUCUUCGACGCCGGACUUGAAGACGCUCGCUCCUGGCAAACGGAAGCUUCUGUGUUUCUUCAGAUGGCUCGGAUUCGUUGACACGAUGGCAGAGCUUUCGCACCCGACUGUUGCUGCGGAACUAGGGAGAGUCUUUUCUGAAGUGUUCCUCCACGGCUGCUUCCUCGAAGGCUUUGUCCAAGCUGCGGACGAAGAUGCUGUCCUAUUUGAAACCACGCUAGUCACUGUCUGCCUCCGUAAUGUGUCAGCAAAACAGAUUGUAGCUUCUUUCAGCACCUUCCUUCUCUCCGAGGAUCGCAUUGAGUGCACAAACUUGUUGAAAACUGUCUUGAUCGACCACUGUCGCAGCUUCGAGACGCCGAUGCCAUUGGUUAUGGCGACGCUGCAGAUCUUUGAGGAACUCCUUCAACGACCGACGAAGGAAGUCUUAGAUAAUUUAAUUCUCAAUAGUCUAGUAACAAGAUCGUACUAUAAUCCGCACGCAGACGAAGGGCUCGACUUGAGCGACGAAGACGAUGUUCCGCAGUGCGGAAGGGGGUUCAGCGACCUCGAAGUCUCGCCGGGCUCCUCUCCAGUCAGCCGUACAUUCGCUCCGACACAGAUACACAAAAUUCUGAACUGCUUUCUGAUGCUGCUUCCGGAUGAGAUCAAGUCGUGCGAAGAAUCGGAUUCUGGGUACGACGCUUACAUCAGCGACGCGCAUAGGCAGUACCAGGAAACGCUAGCGUUAAGUGAUUCCUGGGGCUGGCCGACGGAACCUCUGAGCGAGGAACACACGAGCGCGGAGGAGGACCAGAGCUCAGACUCUCAGCCCGAGGCGGACCUGAUGAGGAGGGACGCACGGACAUUUGAGGGUCCGUUUCUGAGCAUGAUCUUGGAUCGCAUCGAGAACAUGCACAGGCAGCCCUACGACAUCAACCUGCUGGUGACGUCUCUGGUUUCACGACUGGCACUCUUCGCGCAUCCAAACUUGCACGAAUAUUUGCUGAACCCAUUGAUUCCACUGGCUCCUGGAGCACGUUCCCUGUUUUCUUCAUUGUGGAAAGUGGUUGAGGAGAUCCAAGUGUGUGUUCGUGAAAUGGACAACCUUAAGAGGAAGCUGACGUUGACACGGAGCGCUCUGCUCAACGAUAGUGGUGAUGACUGCACGCUGGUCGAGGAGUCCGGGGUUUUGGAAGCAGUCAUAGUGAUAGAGGAGUUUUGCAAGGAACUGGCUGCAGUGGCAUUUGUUAAAUAUCAUGCUGCAUCUUGAAGACGAUGUUAUGGAUAAAGCUGUUGUACAUAACACAGUUUCUAUUGCGAUGGCAUUGCUGCUGCUGGUUGUCCAAGUGCAGACAAAAAUUGAUAAGAUAUUGUAAGUGAUAAGAGCUAAAUGUGUGCACUUGGGUAAUCACAGUGGGAUCUUGAGAUCUCUCUCUCAAGGCCUGGCACCAUUAUGCCGCCAUAUCACGGCACGCUUUAAAGCACAAAAAUGUUACUGUAUAUCUGAUACCAUCAGUGAAACCUGGAUGCCUUGGGCCAAGGAUGUCCGCAGUGUUGUCUGUGGACAUAUUUUAGGAGUUGCAUUUGGCACGGAUUGUUUUUACAUUUGGAGAGAAAUGUAUAAUAAAUGUUUUACACUGGA